CUUCCCUCCAACCCACCUCCACCCAGGCACUAUCCACCCUUCAUUGACCAAUCAGCAUCCAUGCUUUUAGCAGCACUCGUGUGGACUGAACUGGGUAAACAGUCCCACAGUUUGUCAGCGAAUGUUGCCUAACAAUUUAUCAGCUGGCGCUAAGCAGAUGACAGAAGGAAAGCAGAAAUUGCCUCAUCGGAGUUUAAAUCCCACACACGGAGCAAAAAUGCCCCCAGUCUUAUCCCCCACCACCUCCACCCUCAAGUCUCCGCCUGCCUCCAUGCCCCCUUUUCAGCUGCAGCCACUGUGAGGGGCAAGGCACGAGCAGCUCCUAUGAAGAAGCACCAGGGACAGAGGGGAGGAGCUUCAUUCAAUAGUCAUUUAGUUCUCUGCGUUCCUGUAAGAGUCGGAGGUUCAUGAGAUCAGAACGUCUCUCCUGAUUUCUUCUUCUUCUUCUUCUCUGCAGCUGAUCUGGCCAAGACAGAGCAGCGCUCAACCUUCUGGCUGCUUCUCUUUUUUAUGUCUGAACUUGGAUCUUUAAUUUCUACUCAUUGCAGCUGUGAGGUGACAACAUGCUGGAGCAGGUUCUAUCAUUCGGCCGCUCCCUGGUGCGCAGGAAAGUGGUCGACCUGAACAACUUGGAGGACUCCAAGCUGUGCCGAUGCCUGGGAACCGUGGACCUCAUCGCCCUGGGAGUGGGGAGCACCCUGGGUGCAGGGGUUUACGUCUUGGCGGGAGAGGUGGCCAAAGGGAACUCCGGCCCCAGCAUUGUCAUCUCCUUCCUGAUCGCCGCCCUGGCCUCAGUCAUGGCCGGCCUCUGUUACGCAGAGUUUGGGGCUCGCGUACCAAAGACCGGCUCUGCCUACCUGUACAGCUAUGUGACCGUGGGGGAGAUCUGGGCCUUCAUCACCGGCUGGAACCUCAUCCUAUCAUACGUGAUUGGUACAUCGUCAGUGGCCAGAGCGUGGAGUGGGACGUUUGAUGAAAUGAUUGGAGGACAUAUAGAGAAAUUCUGCAAAACCUACUUCAGCAUGAACUCUCCGGGGUUGGCUCCAUAUCCUGAUUUCUUUGCCGUGUGCCUGAUUCUAUUGCUCUCCGGACUUUUAUCAUUUGGAGUGAAGGAGUCAGCCUGGGUCAAUAAAGUCUUCACCGCAGUGAACGUGCUCGUGCUCUUGUUCGUCAUCAUCUCCGGCUUUGUCAAAGGAGACGCAGACAACUGGAAGAUCUCUGAGGAAUCCCUCAUAAAUUUCACUGUAGUCACACGGAACUUGUCGGUGGCGGCCAACGUCAGCAGUGAUUACGGUGUGGGAGGAUUCUUGCCGUACGGCUUCAGUGGGACGUUGGCGGGAGCUGCCACCUGCUUCUACGCUUUUGUUGGAUUCGACUGCAUUGCGACAACAGGGGAGGAGGUGAAGAACCCUCAGAGGGCAAUCCCCAUCGGCAUUGUGGUGUCGCUCACCGUUUGCUUCCUGGCAUACUUCGGUGUGUCGGCUGCCCUCACCCUGAUGAUGCCUUACUACCUGCUGGACGAGAAGAGCCCCCUGCCCAUGGCCUUUGAAUAUGUGGGCUGGGGUCCUGCCAAAUAUGUGGUGGCUGUGGGUUCACUGUGUGCCCUGUCUACCAGUCUGCUGGGCUCCAUUUUCCCCAUGCCUCGUGUAAUCUAUGCUAUGGCAGAGGAUGGGGUGGUUUUCAAAGCCUUAGCCCGAAUCAAUCCUAAGACGAAGACCCCAGUUAUUGCCACUAUGAGCUCCGGUGUAGUUGCAGCUGUCAUGGCCUUCCUGUUUGACCUCAAAGCUCUGGUUGACAUGAUGUCCAUUGGGACUCUGCUGGCUUACUCACUGGUUGCAGUCUGUGUGCUGAUUCUCAGGUACCAGCCAAGCGGAUCGCUGGAGCGGCCGCAGGGAAAAGGAGAAAGGGAUUAUCUUUCCUCUGAAGGCCGUGAGUCUGACCUGACUGAAUCUGAAUCCCACCUGAACAUGCUGAACGGUGGCAGCUCCACCCUGCAGACCGCCCUUCAUCCACCUGCGGCGCCCUCUGUGCACUCAUCCAGUGUGGUGAACAUGUCCAUCAGCAUCCUCGUGAUGGUCGUGUGUGUCGUCAGCUAUCUCACCACAUAUCACUUUGAGUCCCUUUGCUCUCUGGAGGUCUGGAUCCUGGUGCUGCUGUCCGUGUGUCUCCUCAUCUUCAGCGGCUGCGUCCUGAUGGUCUGCAGGCAGCCUCAGACUUCCAAGAAGGUCUCCUUCAUGGUGCCUCUCCUGCCUUUCCUGCCCAUCUUAAGCAUAUUCGUCAAUAUUUACCUCAUGGUCCAACUGAGCGGAGACACUUGGAUACGAUUCUCUGUGUGGAUGGCUUUAGGAUUCCUCAUCUACUUUGGGUACGGCAUGUGGCACAGCGAGGAGCGUCAACACCGAGUGCAGAGCAGCGAGACCAUGAAGACCACCGGCAUCAGCGCAGAAGACAAGGAGCAGGAGCACUUCAUCUGCCCAGAGAAGACCAGCCAGUGUUAAAGUCUGCCCUCUCAGCCUCAGACUGGGGGGCGUCUGCUGCACCCGGCAGCUCCGCCUCCACCAACCUUCAACGCUCUCCCUGCAGCGGCGGGGUCAGCCGUCUCUAUCACACUAACACUGUGGCGGGAUCUCAAUGUCCCGUUGGGAACAAGAAACUUUUCCAUUAACACUGAAGCAACGUUGUGACAGAGAUUCCUCCUGGAGCGGAGAUGCAAUGAAGUCUAGAUUUCAAACUACUCUGAACAUCAUCCGUUUUUUAGUUCUGACGUGGUCAAAUCUGUUGGUAAAGGUCACUCAGACCAGUUUAAUCUUCAUGGAAAAGUCUGAAGUUCUGAUGGAGUAAUCCACACGUGUAGUAUUAUAUAACAGCAUUCAAAUCUUUGCCAGUGAGUAGAAAAAACUAUUUUUUUUCGCACAUGUUCACUUUUUUUCCUCCUUUGUCGAGCUGAGUGAAAUGUUACAGGCCGAACGGGAAGGUGGACAUCGGAUAUUUCUCGGAAAACUGUUCCUUUCUUCUUUUUUUUUGUUUCCUUCUGCUGUUUUUCCUUUCCUCGUGAUGUUUCUUACUGUUUUGAUACACUUUCAGAAAUGUGAGAGGCACGUCAGUUACUGAGAAGUUCGACUCUCCCACGUUCGGAGGUUUAAAGCUCGCAUCGAUCCACGUUCGUUAAAAACCUGCUCGUUAGAUGGAGAUGGAACGCAGGUCAGUCAGCUAGUUCAACCACCAACCGGAACGUCUGCACCGACUGUGAGGGUGGAGUCUUCCAGAAGGGUUUAGUGGAAAAUACGACAAAAGGAAUCCUCUUGUUGGACCGCUGUGAUGUCACAUGUCUCCAACUGCACAAAUGAAAUAAAAUGUGUUUUCCAGAA